CAAGAUCAAGAUUGAGCCGCGGUGCCAGCUGGACGCCUGACGGCUGUCACUCCAGGCGAUAACUGGCUGUGUGCGUGUCAAUGUUGUAGGGAUGACCCAGAGGCGUCUCGUUGCACGCUGAAGGCUUUGUUGAUCACUACUGACUGGAACGCCUUUAGUUGCAGAUUGAAAGCACCAGAGCUGGAGACAAGAUGGCAAGUGAGGAUGAAGUGACGUUGCUUUUUGAGCAGCACUCCAUCACACAAGUACAGGAGCUCCUCAACAAGACUCGCGCUGACAUUGAGUGCAAGAAGGAAGAUCUGCGAGUCAUGGUUGGUGAAAGGUAUCGAGAUCUUAUAGAGGCGGCCGACACCAUUGCUGAGAUGCAGAAUAGUGCCAAAGCAAUCUGCAAUAACAUCAAGACCAUGGAAGGCCUGUGUGAAAGCUUGCAGCAGCGUGGCCUCAUUGGCUUUAAGACACAGAGCACUCAUGCUAAUGGAGUAGAAAGAAAAACUACAUCAGGAAGCCACUACUCUUUAGCGGUGCAGGUGAAGCUGCUGGUGGGAGUCCCCGAGGCACUUUGGGGCCUUACUGAACAUGGCCAGUAUCUGCCAGCAAGCCAGCUGCUUCUGCUGGCUCACCACACCCACACUGCCCUGCAGCUGUCUCCCACUGCUGCCCAGGUUUACUCAUGGUUUCCAGUCAUUGAGCGCCAGUGGAUGAGCAUCACCCAAUUCCAGUCCACCAUUGUCAGAGGAUGUUCCUCUCUCAUUAGUUCAGAAGUUGAGGACACUCAGGCUGUGUUGGAUGCGGUGGUGUCAGUAAUGCUGGUGGAACGGUGUGGGUGGGCAGAGGCAUUAUCUCGAGUGCUGGGGCUGCGACGGAAAGCCCUCAUGGCCGCCAUCACUUCAACACCUUCAGCCACAGCAAAGACACAGAUUGCUAAAUUCACCAAGCUAUUUUUAGCAACUUUGAACAUUGUGUAUGCAAUAUUUGUGUCAGAAGGAGGUGAAGAAACGAGCCUGCUGGAGAGGCGGCUGCAGGAAGUGGUUCAAGGGGAGGGAGAGAGUGCAGCUCCUGUCUCCCUUCUACAGGAGUCUUCUUUGAAUUUGUCAUUCCUCCCUCAGUCAAUUAGAAACUUCAGGCCAUCCAUCCAGGGAAGCACCAAGUCCCUGGGCAAUGAGUACAUUAAGGAGGAGGUGAGCAAGUGGCUGGACACUGUGUUGGGUGAAGCCUCCCACACCCUGGCCAGUUUGCUGUCAUUCACCACCAGUGUGAAGGCACUGGCAAUGAUCAGGUCCAGUGUGUGGGAGAUUUUCCAGAACAGUCUUGACGGCAGCAACUGGAUGAAGGUGACACAAGUGUUGUAUGGGGGUCCCCUGGAUCCCUGGGACUCAGUGGUCCGCAGCCAAGUGACUGAGAGGGCGCGCCAGGUGGUAUCCUCCCAGCUGGCAGCAGCCAAGGAGGCCACCCUGCAGAUGGUGGCCAAGCUAGCCACAGACAUCACUGCGGAGCCAAAAAUAUGUUCUGAGGAAGGAGACAUCAGCAGCUAUGUUUGGAGUGAGAGUAGCAGUGACCUACCGGAGCAGGUGGGCUGGACUUCCGCUGCUGCUCGCUCAGUGGCACAGGCAGGAGGCCUCUACCACAAGACUCGAGGCUUCACGGCGCGUAUACAGAACAUCUGCCAGACACUCAAUGCACAAUUGACCAAUCUCCUUCAGGAUGUUGGCCACUUCAGCUAUGACCCCACCAAAGCAGACUUCAUCACCUCCCUGGGGAACAACUCUGUGGAAAAUGAAAAGCGCACCAUGGAGGAUUAUAUUUCUCUGCUUAAUUACCUCCAGGAUGCAAGCUGCUCUUCUUUCAUGCAGCUAGUGAAUGAGCUAGAGGAACUGGCCCAGAAGCACCUCACCAUUGGGUCUGCCUCUGCUGCAUGUGAAGGCUGGGAGGAGGAGGCCCCAAGUGCAGCCCCAACCUCAGCAUGCACAGUGGUGGUAGUGGUGGGCCGCACUUGCCAGGCUCUCCCGAGCAUGUGCUCCCAUCUACAGAUCUGUGCCUCUGCCUCCAACAUAUCAGCUGGCAUGGUGAAACGUAUCUCAAUGGGAUCAAAACAAGAAACUGAAUCCUGGAUAAAAGUUCGGACAGCACUACAGGAAGCAGGCAACCACCUGUUUGGACUGUUCCUGAAGUCCCUCACGUCAGCUCUGCACACUGAGUUGAAAACAUCUCUGUCAUCACAGAUCUCUGCUGAUGUUGCUGCCUCCAUCUCAGCUUUCUCAACAUGGGAAGUUGUAGACAUUGAGGAGGAAGGUGAAGGUGGCAAAGUGAUCAGAUCAGCCAUCCACGUGCCAGCACACCCGAUGCCAGCCCUCAGCCAAGCUCUGGCCCAUGUCUGCUCCUCUGCCAACUGUAUUGCCGUGCACACUGUCUCCAGAAAUGCUCAGAGCGAGUUGGUAGCAAGCACGUGUGAAGCAGUGAUUGUUGUGUAUGAAGGUUUCCUCAAAGAAUCGGAGAUGAUCAACCAAACCUCUGCCCUUCAACUCAUAUUUGACCUUCGCUUUGUGCAGACGUUGUUGUUGCCACGUGAUAGCAAGAAUCUGGGAACUCGGCUGACGUUCAUGAUUCAAGAGCUGCAGCAGAAGGUAGAUCCCUUUGACCUGGAUGUGUUCUCUCCUCACUUGUCUGCUAGAGUCAAGUUAGCUGCUCAGAGAUCACAGGUUUUCCUUGGAGCUGUGGUGCCACGAGAUCGCCAGGUGAUAGCAAGUCGUUCAUCAGCCUCAGCUACAUCAUCAGUAUCACACAACAAUGCACUUCCUGUUGUGGUGGCAGUGGAGAUUCCUCGGUUCUCAAAUGUUCCCCUGCCUGUGUCAGCUUCCAGGCCGUCCAUCCCAUCCUCUGCCUCAGCACCUUCCCUCAUGCUGCCCACCACCUCAGCAGACCAACCAGCAGGCAAACAAGGAUUCUCCAAGGUCCAACAGAGCAGCCCAUCCACAACACGACGAGAAAUGUCCUCAGCAGCUCUGUCUGCGUCCCGGAGUGCUGCAUCCUUAUUCUCAGCAAUGAGUUCCUCCUGGUUUGGUUCAUCGACAUCCUGAGUUGUUGUUAUAAAUAUUCAUUCGUACAAGUGACUGAUAUAGAUUAUCUUAUAUUUGGGUCUUGCUAGUUUUAUCAUAAAGAUGAUGGUGAGGACUGGCAGCAAUGCAGAACACAGUUCACAGUAGUUACAUCAGCAUAUGAAGUACUGGUGUUCAAGGGAUGAAAGUCACCAGAUACCAUUUUUACAAAAAUGUUAUAUGGUUACAUUGCUGUUAGUUUAAUAUAUGAAGAGCACACUAAACUGUGUAGUCUACUUUACUGAAAAUGUUUUCACAGUACUUAUGAUUAAUAAAGGAUUAUUACUUUU